GCCACACAGUAAACUUAAGGCAGACGCAAUGUUAUCAGUCUGAUAAAAAUCAUUUUAGAGUGCGACCUUAUAUUUCGUGCUACACUGUAAUGAGUAGUAUACUGUGUGAAAAUUCGUGCUUCAUCAACUAGUGCCCAGAUUAUGGAAACUAUGGAUACACCCCCCGAUGGGGGCUGGGGUUGGAUGGUGGUUUUAGGAGCAGCACUUAUAAAUACCGUAAACCAAGCUCUCUUCUCAGUUUUCGGCCUCAUUUUUGGGGACACGUUGAGCGACAUGGCUGGAGGAAAGGCGACCGGCUUAACUCUCGUCAUGGCCAUAAACGUAAUGGUCACGAAUUUCUCCGGACUGGCCGUUGCGUCCAUACUAAAAAAAUUCACCAUACAACACGUGACGCUGUUCAGUGUUGUCUUAGUUGCCAGCGGGAUGAUCUUAAGCAGCUUUGCUACUCAAAUCUAUCAUAUUGUUAUUGCGUAUGGUUGUAUGACAGGCUUGGGAUUGGGUUUUUUGGCCUCCUCCACGUUUUUAAUUAUUAACGAAUAUUUUACAACAAGGAAGGGCACCGCAGUAGGUAUGGCUAUGGCUGGCACCAGUACUGGACAAAUGUUGAUGCCCAUGUUUGUUAGUUUUCUGUUAGAUAACUACGAGUUUACUGGAACUACAAGAAUAUUGGGCUGCCUCAGCUUGACUGGCUUAAUUGGUGCUAUAUUUUUUAAGCCUUUUCUUUGUUUUAAAUCCAAAUAUCCCAACAUUAAUGUAGAAGCACCUAAAAGCAAGCCAAAAAGUCUUCCUCCAACUGAAAAAGAAGCUCCAAUAAAAUUAGAAUAUAAGCAAGAGACGGAAAAGCCCAAGAUGGAGGCAAUAGAAGCACCAAAGUCUGAAUUAGUUAGUGAUAUUGAGAACAACAAUGUAGUCAAAGCCCCAAGCCAAAAAUCACUUAAUCCAUCAACAUCAUCUGAACAGUCAAAACAAGAAUCACAUCCAGAAGAAACUGAAGUUCCACUACAGAAUUCAGCACUCAGUACAGAAAGACUUAGUGUGGACCAACACAACGAAUCAGAGUAUUCAGAAGAUGACUACUCGUCAGGAGAAGAGUUAAGGUUUUCCAAAACCAAGGAGUCCAAAGAACAGUCCGAAGAUGAAGGCGAUGAUGAGCACGAAACUGAAGACGAACCCGAGGCGGAACUACGUUAUAACAACACCACCCAAUACGUGCGCCCUCCAAGUACCAACCCCUUCGAAUCGGACAGUGAAUCAGACGGUGAAUCUAAACGGGUCGAAAUAAGGAAUAAAUCAGUGUCCGAACAAAACUUACGUCCCCCAAGCACAAACCCCUUCGGAUCCGACAGCGAAUCAGAUGAGGACAACAAAACUGGUUCCGGCAUUAGAAGAAAAUCGGUGUCUGAGCAGUACCUACGUCCCCCCAGUACGAACCCCUUCGAAAGUGACGUGUCUGAAGCCGAGUCCGCACACGAACGAUUACUCGACGAAGAGGCUAAAAACCUGUUUCAGAAAAUUCAGAAUUUCACAGCUAGCAAAGUUUCCGUGGAUGCUCCGAAGAAAAGCUCCAAUCCCUUCGGCUCAACGUCCGACGUGUUGGGUAUCGAGUCUGGUGUUGUGCCCAAGAAAUUCAGCAGCAAUCCCUUCGGGUCGAUAGACCAACUAGCCGAGGAGAAGAAAACUUACAAGAAGCGACCGAAGCUGUUCCAAAAACAGGACGAAGCUUAUCAGAAAAUUGGGCCGGAAGUGCAAAACAAUUUGGCGCAAAAUGGGGUUGAAAAAAAGAAAACUCGACUGGAUUUCCCGAAGCCAACGGAGUCUGCACGACCUAACGAUGACUCAGAUGGGGAAGACGACAAUAAGAACGACAAUUCGAAGUUGCUGGCGGAGAAGAAGCUUGAUAGCAGUUACAUGUAUAAAGCAAAGUUCCAAAGUUCCACUUUGGACUUCGUGUCGCAGAAGCCUCCCACGUUCUUCGGAAAACUGGGGGAGUCACUGGGACUUCGUCUCCUGACCGACGUGAAGCUAAUCCAUUUGUUGAUUGGCUUAGCCUUUGGUUACGUCAGUUCCGUGUCCUUCAGCACGUUCUUCCCACUCUUUCUGCUGCACGAGGCCAACCUGAGCAAAAUGAACUCUUCGGAAUGUAUGACGGUGCUGUCUUUGGCCGACGUCAUUGGAAGACUGACCGUCUCCUUCAUUGCCAAGAAGUUGAAACUGAGCAGCAGGGGUCUGUUCAUGGUUGGCGCCAUAGCAUUAGGAUUGUGCAGAUCUAUUAUGGUUGAGUUGACCAGUUUCAAAAGUUUGAUGGUGGCGUCAGUAUUAAUUGGAUAUGCAAGGUCAGCUACUGUGAUCACACAAAAUUUGGUUGUGUCCGAGUACAUCCAAUCAAUUAACCGUCAAGAUGAUUUACCUGCGGCUGUUGGAUUGAACAUGGUUUUCAAGGGGAUAUUUGUUUUUACUGUCGGCCAAGCACUAGGGUUAUUGAAAGAUGCAUUAGAUUAUAGGUGGUGCAUACACGUUUUGGAUGUUGUUCUGUACAUUACCACCAUUUCUUGGUCAAUUGAGAUUUGCAUUAAAAACAAUUUACACAAACGAUUAUUUAACAAAACUUAAAACAGUAUUAAUUUAAUUUAUGUGAUAUAUUUACAAACCCUAAGGACAAACUACGUUUUUUAUUAAAACAAUGAUAUUUAAUAUAUUUUAUUUGGUUUA